ACCCUCACCCCCACCCACCUCCUCAUUUGCUCUCUGUUCUUCUUCACAAAUAUUCGCUUCCUUCCUUUUCACACCUUCGUCUUCGAGAAAAUUCAUUCUCUCCGCCUAAUUUGAGAUUUUAUCAUGUUUUUUAUGCCUUGAUUUGUUGUUUCUCUGUGGAUUGGCGGUUAUUUUUGUGUAAUUUUUGUUGCAGAUUGUGGAUUUGAGGAGGAGGAGGAGAGGUUUGAUUUUGAUUUUGAGCUCGGUGUUGGUGUGGAAAUGGCGUCUGAUAAUCUGAUGGCGAUGGAGCAAUUGCCGUGGUCGUUUCGAUCGUCAUUUGCGGACGCUUGGAUUUCGGAUUUUUUCAACAGAGAUUGCGACGCUGCAGCGACGAAGGCUAUGCAGCAGUCGUUCGCGUCUACUUCCUCCGAUGGCGACGGUUUCUCGGCGGAGAUGGUGGAUUCGCUUUUGGUGACGCCGGAAAUCAAUAUUCCAGUGCAGACGCCGGCGGUUUCCGGUUGCUCCGAGCACGAGGCUUCCGCCUCCGUCUCGAAGCAACGCCGGAGCCUCCAGCCGAACGGUAAAGUCACGAAGCGUAAAUCUCGUGCGUCGAAGCGUUCUACGACAACGUUUAUCACCGCCGAUCCUGCGAAUUUCAGGCAGAUGGUGCAGCAGGUCACCGGCGCCAGGUUCGGCGGUUUGAACGGACAGUUACCGGCGGCGGAGGUGCUGAAACCGGAGGCGAAGAGAGCGGUUACUCUGCUUCCGCAUAGUAACGGCUUGCCGACGCUCGAUACUUCUACCUUCUUCCUCAACGCAGCCUCGUCGCUGCUACCUCCGCCGCCGCCGCCUCCUUCCGACGGCGCCGCCGCUGCGGUGCUCGACUUCGACUCAUUUUGUAGCUUUCCCACUCUGGAGUCGUGGAAAGUCAUGUAGCACGAACCGUUCCGUACUUGUUAUUCCCGUUUUGCCCUUCCUUUUGGCCGUUGGACACUUACAGAGGAGGGGUAAAAUUGGAAAUCUGUUAAUAUCUGCUUCGGGGUUGGGGUAGAAGGAUAGGGUAAGGAACUAUGGGGGUAGGCAUGGCGUGUAAGGUUGUAACUCUUUUUUCUUUUCUUUUUUUUAAAUAUCUUUUUUUUUUUUAUUUCUUUUUUUAUUUUCAUCGUAUAUGUCAAUUAUGCUGAUGAAUAUUUUAUUUUUAUUUUUAAAUUAAAAAAAUAGAGAGAGAAAUGUUAUAAUGUAAAAUAUUAAAUUCGUAUAUCUGCAAUUAUUUUUCAUUUUUAA